AGAUAUGUAUGGUAUGUGGACGACGGUUAAGCCUAUCACAAGCGAGCGUAAUCAGUUAGGGCUGUAAAUGUAAUGUUUAUAUUCAAUGUUUUGAACAUAAUUUUGUGUAUGUGACAUUUUCUUGACAUUGCAUACUUUAAUAGUAAUUGGUUAUUAUAAAUAUCUAUUAACUUGGUAUUUCUUGUUAACUCGGUUAUGAGUUAUAAAUUAGACAGUGUGCUAAUUUAAUACUUAUGCCAUGGUUUUCAUACUGUCGAAAGUGAAAGAAAUUGCGCAAAUAUACGGCACACCCAAGUUUCACGGUAUAAAUUGAUUCCCAGACUGUUUUUGGAAGACUUUCAACAAGAUGCACAAUUUUCAACAGUUUUUCUGUCUUCAAAGUAGCUGCAUUUUUCAUUCUACAGACUCUUCGUUGAUAUUAUUAUAAUUCCUAGCUGUGUUGUGUCAUAUUGUGUUAUGCUAUGGCAAACAUGAGGCUUACCUCUGUUCCAUUUGAAUCAAUGUAAUACUGAUUGAAAUAAUCUGGCUUCUUCCCAGAGGGACAAGAAGGUGAUUAAUUCUGUGUGUUUUGGAAACUUUGGGAUGAGAAUGGUGUGGGUGGAUAAAAUGUAUUAGGUAUGGAACACAAAGCCAGGGAUACUUGGACUCAAGAAAUAAUCAGUAUGAGCAGGUUGGUUUACUACAUCUACCCAUCACCAAACAAAUACAAUAACAACGAAACACUCUGUGUAACUUUAGAGGCAGGUGAUGUUGUUGAAGGGAAAAUACUGGUUCAUUGUUUACUGCAUGGAAUAGGUAAUACAUCAUGUGGUCUUGUUUUGGGUGAAAAUUGGAGAACAGGUAUUUUUGGGUAUUUUCCAGGUAGUGGCUAAGAUGUUUUGAGAAACAAUAUUUCUACAAAGACAUAGGGACAGCUGUAGAGAUCAAGUUUUAAUGCUUGUGGAGAUAUCAUCUAUUGAGAAAGAAAGUGACAUUAGACUGACUUUCAUUUCCCAUACACGGUAACAUGGCUGGAAAUGAUUGUGAUCCUGACUACAUUGAGACAUCUUGCUUACCUCCAGUUACUUUAAGGUAUUGGACCUCUCAACAUCAACUGAUGGAAAUUUCUUUUUUGACUCCUGUCCUUUGUAAGCAUUGUGAAGAUUAUAUCUGGGGGACUGGAAAAGUUGGUAUGAAAUGUGAAGGCUGUCACUCGUGUUUCCACAACAUGUGCGUUUCCCAUGCCGGCAGCCACUCCUGUCGGCGGGUCCAGGAACCUCUGCCCCCAGUCACCAUGGACAAGGAAGUGCCUGUUACUCAGUGGUCAACAGCGAACGUUGUGGAAUGGAUGGCUGCCUUAAACUUGUACCACUAUGCGGAACUUUUCAAGUUCAAAAACAUAAAAGGGUCAGAUCUGUUCUCACUGGAUAAAGAAAAAUUACUUAACAUGGGUAUCAAGGAUGAAUUCCAUCAAAAAGCAAUCCUUGUUUGUAUAGAAGAACUCUGCAGAGCUAAGAAGGAACUGGGUUCAGUUGAAGAAACCCCUAAUCUUUCUGACACCUUUUGUAAUAGGAAUGACGAAUCACCACAAGGGUCUCAUCAGCUACUCCAGGAAAGCUUCUCCACCUUGCUUCAAUGCCACAAAUGUCAUGCUUAUCUAAGAGGAAUUGUUCAUCAAGGUCUUGUAUGUCAAGAGUGUGGGCUUGUCUGCCACAAAACCUGUGCUGCCACUGGAUUGCCACCUUGUCAAGGAACUGGCAAACAGAAGAAACAUUUAUCUUUUCAGAAGUCUAAUGUGUUUGGUCAGGACCUCUCAGCCUCCUUCGAUGCUGCCGAGUUACCAGCCCCCAAGGUAGUCUUGCUGUGUCUGCAAGAAAUAGAAGCACAGGGACAACAGAACAAGAGUAUUGAUCUGUACAAAAUAUUUAUGUCUUCUGCCUUGCCUGAAACAGUGAAUGAAGUAAAACAGAAACUCAAUAAAGAUACAGAUAGUGUAGAUCUUCAACAUUAUGAGCUGAACUGUAUUGCUGGUGCCUUGAAGAAAUAUCUUCGUGAGUUGCCAAAUCCUGUGAUACCAGUAGAAACCUACGAAACGUUUUUGGAGGCGUCCAAAAUAGGGAAUGAUGACCAGUGUGCUGUUUGUCUGAGUCAGUUAGUUCAACAACUUCCUGUCCACCACAGACUUACACUUCACACUUUAAUGUCCUGCUUCUGCCGACUGUGUCAGUUACAGCACAUGCGGGGUAUCAAGGACUCGCCUACUGUUUUAGUCAAAGUGAUGUGUCACAUUUUACUUCGUCCACCUUGGGAACAUAUCAUAAAAAUAGUCCACAACACAGAGGCACACAUGCGCACAGUGGAGUUGUUGUUGCUCAAGUGUGACUGGGGUGAAAAGAUGCCAGUUUUUGAUUUAGCACCAGCUUUACCACCUCGUCGCUCAUCUCUCGUACCAAGCCAUUCAUUGUCAGAGGCACUUACGGUUGGCAGCUCUAAUAAUGGGGGAUCAGUAGGAGACGGGUCUGAGAUGAACCUUGACACCUCUGUAAGAUCUGCAGAAGGACCAAUUACACUAGAGGAAGCAGAGUGGUACUGGGGAGAAAUUACAAGGGAGGAAGUGAAUGAAAAACUGAAAGAUACCCCAGAUGGAACCUUCCUUGUAAGAGAUGCUUCCAAUAAAGGAUCUGGAGAGUAUACUCUCACACUUCGGAAAGGUGGUAGUAACAAGCUAAUCAAGAUAUACCAGAAGAGUGGAAAAUAUGGGUUCUCUGAACCCCUCAAGUUCAACAGUGUCAUGGAGUUAAUAAAUUAUUACCGAAGUGUUCCACUUUCCCAAUAUAACCGAACAUUGGACCUAAAACUGCUCUAUCCAUUGUCCAGAUUUCAACAGGCAGAAGAUGAAGAGGAGAACUCAGUUGAUUUAGAGAUAGUAGCUCAGAAGCUAAUGGAAGUCAACAAGGAGUAUCUCCAUAAAACUAAACAGUAUGACCAGUUUUAUGAAGACUACAACAAGACUUUGCAGGAAAUUCAGCUGCAGCGGCAAGCCCUGGAUGCCUUCAAUGAAACAGUAGCAGUGUUUGAAGAACAGAUUGAAUUGCAUGCUGAGCAUCAGAAAGAAGCCAUGCAGCAUGAAAUGACCAGCCUUGCUGAAAAUUUUGUCCUUCUGAAGAAGAGGCUACGCACAAUACAGGAAAGUAAAACUCAGCUGGAGAAUGAUUUAAAACACCUAGCCGCAUAUAAUCGAACAUUAGAUCGUGAGAUGAAUUCUUUGAAGCCUGAGAUCAUUCAGCUGUACAAGCAACGGGAACAGUAUCAAACGUGGUUGUUAAGCAAAGGAUUGAAGAAAGAAAGAAUUGACAAAUUACUUCAGGAUUCGUCAGCAGAUGCUAAAGAUCUGUCAAGAGAUUCGGCUUUUGUUCAGGAUUAUGACAACUUGCUCCACCAUGACGAGUCCACGUGGUUUGUGAGUGAGUGCUCAAGGCAACAAGCUGAGAACUUGCUUAGUGGAAAGCUUAAUGGUACCUUUCUCAUCCGUAACAGUCGUACCGGCCAGUUUGCAUUGUCAAUAGUAGCUGAUGGCAAGAUCGGCCACUGUCUGAUCCAUAAGACGGAGAAGGGGUACGGGUUUGCAGAGCCGUAUAAUAUCCAUCCGACAUUGAAAAGUUUGGUGCUUCACUAUGCUCAGACUUCCCUCGAAGAACACAAUGAUUCUUUACGAACAACUCUAGCACAUCCUGCAUUCGCACACCAGUCAGAUCACUAUGUUCGCUUUUCUAAAUGAUGAAAGGAUAGUGUGUUACUACCUAGAUAAAAACAACUUGGUCAUUUGUAGGUUAUUAUGUACUCUCACUGAACUGAAGAGAAAGAUUAACAGAAUUAGGGAAGUUAGUAUCUAGUAUCUUGCUUCUAAAAAUUGUCAUCUACCAACAUCAGUUCCUACUGUCCGACAAGUUUCUUCAUUUCACUUUCACGAAAUCAUUGGGACUCUUCAUCGUCUUCAGGUUAUAGUUUUAGUGAAAGACCUACUGCUGUGUAUAUUUGUACAAAUAGAUCUCAUUGAUUGAUAAGAUCUUAACUAAAGUCACCAUUGCUGUCACAUGACUAUUUUUUAAGCCUAACUAGAACGUUUUUGUAAGAUGCUUGACAAACUCAAAGUGGUGCAAGUGUUUGUUAGAGAUGAUUGUUGUUUUUUAUGUGAAUUGAUUCACACAAGAUAGAUAUAUAUAUGAACUACUUUUAAAAUGUUCAACAUGUGUGUGUGUCAUUUGUUUUUGACAGAUUUUUAUGAAAUUAGAAUGUGUAAAACAAAUGGCUGAAAGUUUUGCGAAGAAGCACAUAAUGCUAAAAUUGAAUUUGUAGAUAGUUUUACAUGGAUAUGUUGCUAGAAAUCAUGAAAAAUUAGUUUUUAUUUUUUCUGGUAUAUAUACGAGAUAAUUUUCAAAAAAAAUUAUUAUAAGAGGUUUUUUUUUCUUUGCAAAAAACAAUUGCCUUGACAUGGCACUGUAUGUGUUUGAGUGUGUGUGUUUGGGAUUGGAUUAGAAUACUAUGAAAGUAAACUAUUUCGUCUAAAAACUUAGUUUUUAUUUGCAUACAAAAGAAAUCUACUUUGGUGUUGAAUCAAUUUUUAUUUGUGUGUAAGAUGUUCAGUUUCUAGCUUAAUGCUCUGUGUGAGUUAAACAUCAUUUCAAACAUUCUAGACCUUUGUACUUCCACACUAGAAACCUUGAGAUUCAGUUCUAGCUUAAUGCUCUGUGUGAGUUAAACAUCAUUUCAAACAUUCUAGACCUUUGUACUUCCACACUAGAAACCUUGAGAUUCAAUUCUAGUUUAAUGCUCUGUGUGAGUUAAACAUCAUUUCAAACAUUCUAGACCUUUGCACUUCCACACUAGAAACCUUGAGAUUCAGGUAAAUAUUUUUGUUACUUUGAAAUAACAGUAUUAAUAAAUUACUACUACUAGCUGAAGAUUUUGUAUUAUUAUUUUUUAAGUUACACUCUCGAAUAGGGUUCCAUCUCCUUCGUAUCAGCCCACGUCCGAAGAUCUGUAGAAGGUUUUAAGACUUACUGUGUGUGAAAAGGGUAUAUGUAUGAAAUAUAUUUUAAUAAAUCUUUGUAUUCUACAAGUGAUUUGUAUGACUUAAAUAUAAGCUGUAGUUUUAACUUAGACUUUACCAGGUCAUUGAAAAUAUUGUUUCUAAAAAUAAUGUCAUUAAUCAAUCCAGUAUAUUUCCUAGAUAUUGAUAUAUUUUAAUAAAUGAUUGUACUCUUAAAAUCCAGUCCAGCCAAUUAACUGUAAAUUCUUUUAAUUUAUACCUAGCUUUUACCGAAUCAUUGAAACAUUUUUUUAAAAGUAUUCUCACUAGAUGGUCCAGUAAAUUUGUAAAAUAUUACUUAAACCAAACUUGACUAAUCUCUCGGAUUCUGAAUAUUUUUAUACUUUUUUUAAAUAAACAUAAUUGUUGACUAAUGUAAAACAGACAGCCAGAACACUUAUAAAACUUUUUGUUCAUAUUAAUUAAUAUUUUAAGUUAAUUACAAUUGAUAAAUGAAAAUUUUAAUAACAAGGAUUAUCAUAAUUACAUAAAGUUAAGGUUUGUGUUAGUUAUUUUUUGUAAAUAAUUUGUAAAAGAUUUAUUUCCAUGUACAUAAUAUGAAAGACGUUUUAGUUUUGACUUGACUCUAUAAAUAGUUGUUUAUUAACAUUUAUUAAGAUUAUCAGUAGCCAGAAGGUUAAUUUAACCAUUGCUGGUACACGUUUAUUUUCUUAUUGGAAUGAUAAUAUACACACUGUCCAAAAGUCCGAUUUUUUGGGCCAUU